GGAAAAUGAUAGAAAAACGCGUAAAAUGUCGUUGUUGACAGGAGAAAGAAAAAACAGCCAGGCCACAGAGCGCCGCCAUUUUUCUGUUUGCGCCAGAUGCUGAUUCUCGCUCGGCAGUGACGUGUCGCCAGAUCAAAUCACCCAAUCGCCACUGUGGGCUGCUUGGCUAAAAAGGCGACAGCGUGCGAACUCGUUCUCACUGACUGAUUUCCCGCACGCAGCAUGUAUCUGCGAAAGCCAAUUUUCAGUGCAUGAAAUGUUUACUAGUGGCAGGCGGCUAGACAAGGCGCCCCUGGGGGUGCGUGUCAUCAUCGUGCGCCUGGACCAAUCCUGGGAUGCUGUGUGAAACUAUAAAUGCAGCACGCCAGACGCAAACGUGUAGCUCCUAGCUCUCUUCACAACCACGAGUACUUUUCUCCGCAAGAACCCAACCUCCAGCCCCAAUGCUUGUAAGCAAACAGCCCAACACCACAGUUACCCCAGCACCUCUGCUCGCUGACACCUCGCUUCUGGACACCAAGCCUCGCCCUGACCACAACCACAAGCGCAUCCCGGCAAUUGCCCGGCAGAUCAUCGAGUCGCUGACCACGCACAAGGCGCUGCCUGGUAGUACGCAGGAGAUGCGCUCCCUACCCACCCUGCUGCUCUACGACAACCACGGGCUGGAUCUGUUUGACCAAAUCACGUAUCUGCCCGAGUACUACCUGACCUCGUGCGAGAUCGAGGUUCUCCAGAGCAACAUUGCUCAAAUCGUCGACGAGAUCCCUGACGACUCGGACGUAAUUGAGCUUGGCUGCGGCUCUCUGCGCAAGACUGAGAUUCUGCUGCGCGCACUCAACGAGCGCCGUGUGGGGGUCAACUACUAUGCAAUUGACGUGAUGCCAGCGCCGCUGCACGAAUCCAUGGGCGAUCUGGCGCCGCAGUUCCCGAACCUCUCGCUGACUGCGCUGUGCUGGUCCAUUUCCGAAAGUCGCAGCGUCCCAAGACCGUGCUCUGGCUGGGCUCGUCUAUUGGCAACUUCCACGCUGCCUGAGGCCACCACCUUCAUUGCCGGGAUCUCGUCCAACGCGCUGCUGCCUGGUGAUGCCAUCGUGAUCGGCAUGGAUAAGCAGAAGGACAAGCAAGUCAUCAUGGAUGCGUACCACGAUGCGCCAGGGCUGACUGAUCAAUUCGAACUUAAUGCGCUGGCCCAUGCCAACCGCAUUUUCGCUGACUACGUAAGCGGGUGCAUCGCAGGCAAUGGCACUACAGCCCAGCUGUUUGAUGUCGGCAAAUUCCGCUAUGCUGGCAAGUACGACCAGGUGAUCGGCCGCCAUGACGCCUUUAUCGAGUGCACCGAGGACACUGUGGUGCAGUGGCCCGAUGCGGUGAUGGCUGACGUCGCCGAGAUUACCGGCAGCACAUCAACAACACUGCCUAUUGUAAAGGGCGAGCGCAUCUAUAUCGAAUCGUCGUACAAGUACGCCGCCGAUGCCGCCGAGGUACUGGCCAAGGCAACUGGCCUGUCACACACUGCAAGCUGGACAGAGGCACGGGACUACUACUGCCUGAACCUGUUCCGCAAACCGCGCUUUUCUUGGUCUCUGCCCCUAAUGGGCGAUGGUCUGCCGCUGGCAGUCGAAUCAGCCAGCCUAGGCGGGUGGAGUGAGCCUGCGCAGCGUGUGCUCGACCUGUCGCGCAGCAUGCAGUUUUCGGCAAUCCCGCCCAUCGCUGAGUGGGAGCAGCUCUGGAAGGCAUGGGACACGCUGUCACUGCACGUCAUUCCUGCUGACAAACUGCUCGACAAGCCGAUCGAUCUGCCGGCACCCAUUCGUAUUCUACCUGGGCCACCUGCCGGUGUUCGCCGACAUCCAUUUGGCGGCUGCGGAGCAUGCGCCGCUGACGGAACCGCGUCAGUAUGCCAGUGUGGUUUGAGCGCGGCAUCGACCCGAACCUUGAGAACCCAGAGAUCUGCCACGACCAUUCCGAGGUCCCUGAUCAGUGGCCACCCGUGGCCGAUAUUCUGGCUUAUCGCGACCGCGUGCGUGCUAGGGUCCGCAGCUGGGUCACCAGGUUCCAUGGACGGCGAUCUGGAACCGGUGUCAGCCAGCGCUGCCAGACACGUGUGGAUGGCAUUUGAGCACGAGGCCAUGCACACCGAGACCAUGCUGUACAUGGUGCUGCAGAUGAUGCCAGGAAGCAUGAGCCCACCGCUAAAGAGCUCAUUUGCGCUUCUGUCGGACUUGGCAAAAACCUGUGAACCCUGCCGACCAGUGGUUGAGCUGGGUGACUCAGUGCUGCAUGAUGGCCACGUCUUUGGCUGGGAUAAUGAGAGCCCUGCUACGACCACACCAGUCAGCAGAUUCACAGUCAGCACGCACCCGGUUACCAACAAGCAGUACCUCGAGUUUCUGCUGUCACAGCCCACCGAGGAAUUUGAGUCGCUUGUGCCCAAAUCCUGGGUCAUACUGGACAACGACGAUUUUGGCGUGCGCACAGUCCACGGCACACCCUCAGUCACGGAAACUGUGGCCGCGCUGUGGCCGGUGUUUGUUAGCCAGCGCCAGGCCAGCAAGUACGCCGAACUGAAGGGGAAGCGCCUGCCAACCGAGGCCGAAUGGUCGUAUGCCUCUCGUGUGUACCACAUGGUACGCGCACUCGACGAGACGGCACCGACCAAGGCGAGCAGUGGUGUGCCGGUCGACAGCCACCUGCGCUCGCUUAUCCCACUCGACCAGCUGCGCACGGUGCUGUCGCAUCCCCACGAUGCGUUUGUGCCGAGCAGCGCCAAUGUCGGGUUUGCCCACUGGCAUCCGACUCCAUCCGUGUAUGAAUCAGGCGGUGGAAUCCCCGAUGCAUGCUUUGUUGGCAAUGGCUGGGAAUGGACCUCGACGCCGUUCCGCCCAUUUGAUGGCUUUAAAGCUUCGCCAAUGUACCCGGGAUACUCGGCAGAUUUCUUUGAUCCACCCGAGGCCGCCGAGAGCGACUCGACGCACUAUGUGGUCAAGGGCGGCUCCUAUGCAACUCACCCGCGCAUGGCACUCCGCCAGACAUUCCGAAACUGGUACCAGCGUGGAUACCCGUAUGUUCUGGCCACAUUCAGGCUGUGUGACAGCGAGUAG